AAUUAGAAUUAUUUUGAAAUGAAUCAUAGUAAAAAAAAUCAUAUUUUCUAAUCAUUUUCGCGAUAAAAGUGAUGACUUUGUAAUAAUUCCAGUAAAAAGAAUCUAUGUAAAAUGAUAAAGUUUAAAACGUUAUUCCGAAAAGGACACAGCUCUUCGAGCUCUAGUAAUAUUUAUAAAAAUAAGACCACUGAUAACGUAAAAUCCAACCAAACUGGAGCUGCUCCAAAUUCAAAUAAUUCCGAUGAUAACGCCAACGGCUGCGAGAAGCAACUGGUUCCAAGCAACGAUGAUCGUCUCAAUGUGAAUAAAUCGGAAACCGACGCGGCUCUUGAAAAAUACUCCGAACGAGCUAUCGACGUUGUGAGUAAUGCGGAUCAUUUGAUAAAAGACGACGAAUUCGAGAGCAUAAAAUCACAACUACAGGCUGCGUUGAAAGAAAAAAGUAACUUGGAGACUACUUUACAAGAGCUGAUCAAAACUCACGGUGAACUGGAGUCGUUGAACGAAGAAAUCGAAGCACUAAAGAUGCAAAAAGAAGAAAUACAGAACAGCAUUUUAUUACGUAUCGGUAACGUUGGAACAUUACCACCUUCGAGUGAUGUCGAAAAUCCGGACUUUGGACGAUGCAAAAAACUACCUAAUUCGGCUCCAGCUUCGAUCGCCCCACCUUCAGGAAGCACUGAAAUGCUCAACGCACCAGGAUGGGAUAAACAUUCCAGUAGUAGUCUUAGCGAAGUAUCAGUGGCUUGUUUGCAAGAUAGAAUUAUGCAGAUGGAGGAAACUCAUUACAGCACUAGUGAAGAGUUACAAGCAACUUUGCAAGAACUAGCUGAUCUGCAAGUGCAGCUGAGUGAACUUCAAAAUGAUAACGAAAGAUUAGGAGAGGAAAAAGGCGUUCUAUUGGAAUCCUUGUGUCGUCAAACUGAGAAAUUAGAAGAUGCCAGGAGUAAAGUAGACACCCUACAGGAGUUGCUAUUAGAUCCGAGCAAAUCAGAGACUUCUUUUUACGAACGUGAACAAAAACUUGUCACUUUACUAAAGGAUGGCCAACAAGAACGCGAAUUCCUCUUAGUUAAACAGAAAGAAUUGAUGAACGAUGUGGAAGAACUCAAUAGAGGACUCGAGGUUCAAAAACAAGAAUCAAAUUCUCUCAGAGAACGCGUUCAUUUACUCGAAUCCACCGUCGAUGCGACCAACGCCGAAAGAAAGCAGCUCGAGCACGAGUUAACUCUCGCCAAAGAAGAUAGCUCUUGCAAAAAUAUAGAAAUUAAGAGAUUAACCACCUUUUUGGAGAAUGCGAGAUCUAAAAUCGAAGAAUUGGAAGAAGCUCGCGAAAAACAAGGCGAUAAAGGUAAAUUGGACGAUAUGAUCGAUGUGCUUCGUAAAGAAAAAGAUCAUUUAGAAAUUCAGUCAGCUUCGUUGCAAGAACAGUUAUCAAAAAGCAUGUGCGAAGUAACCAAAUUGAAAGAACAAUUGCUUCAUGUUCAAGAAGAAUGCAGAGUUGCUCGAAACAACGCCAAAUCCGCCAUAAACGAUAUGGAAUAUAAAUGUGAAAAAAGCAAAGAAGACGCAGCCAGAUUGAGUAACGAAUUGCAUAAAAUGCGUGAAAAUUAUCUAGAGCUCGAAGUUCAAUGCCAAUGUCAUCUAGAUGAUAAACAGCAGUUGAAAAACGUCUUAUUACAAACUCAGCAACAUUUGGCCGAGUUCGAUAGACAAAAUUCAGAACUCAAACAAACGCUAGAAGAGGAAAAGAAACAACGAGAACAAGAAAAUGCAGAAUGGAAACAAUUCCAAGACGAUUUAUUAAUGACCGUUCGCGUAGCCAAUGACUUGAAAACCGAAGCUCAAAGUGAACUGCAACGAUUAGUGCUGGAAAAUAAACAAUUACGAGAUAAAAUCAAAGCUCUCGAAACCAAAAUACAGACGAUAUCAAAAGCUGAUAAUUCUCACGGGCCUUUAUUACAUCGAACAUUAUCGAAUAACGAAACUUCUUCGAUAUUUUCGACCGUAAUGUCUCAAGAAAUGAAUAGACGAACUAACGCUAGUAAAAUUCUGCGUCAAGAUAGCAGAUUAUCGGUGAAAUCUUUAAUCGAGAGUAUCGAAAGUGCCACGAAACAGGCCAAAACAGCUACGAGUAGCAGAAGCAAUUCGGUAUCUAGUUUGAACGGAAUAACUAAUCAGGCGCCAACUUCACCCACGUCUGAUCACGAUGUAGCUGCUUUAUCAUGUUAUGAUAAUCACGAUUUGCAUUCGGCGACAAAAAAAGACGAUCAUUUUUCGCCCACUGCUUCUGUUCUAUCUUCGAAAGCGAUCGAAUUUGGAAGAAAGGCCAGCGCUGGUGAUUUGAGCGAACGAAAAGAUCCGUUGCAAGCGUUAGUCAAAAAUGGCGGAUCGAAAAGAAACGCUCUGUUGAAAUGGUGUCAAAAUAAAACGAUAGGUUAUCCAAAUAUAGAUAUAACGAAUUUCAGUAGCUCGUGGAACGAUGGAAUGGCCCUUUGCGCUCUUUUACAUUCCUAUUUGCCGGAUAAAGUUCCUUACGAGACGUUAAAUCCGGCCGAUAAAAAACGUAAUUUCUCCAUCGCUUUCGACGCUGCUGAAUCCGUCGGAAUUAAAACUUCUCUGAAUAUAAACGAUAUGAUCCAAGAAGAGAGACCAGAUUGGAAUCAAGUUAUGGCCUACGUUGUUGCCAUUUUCAAGCAUUUUGAACAUGAAAAUCACGAUAAACGUUAAUGAGCUUACUGCAUCGAAUUAUUUCUAUCUUGGAGCUUUUUUUUUUCUAUGUACUUUUCAUAUCCGGUUUUUAUUCUUCAUCAUUUUGUAUUUAUUUUUUUUUUACUGCGGAUUUAUUACGAUUUUUGAAACAUAACGGUAACUUUGGUCGUUGAAAUGACUGAGCGCAUGUUCCUAUUUUUUAAGUAUAAGUUUCCAUUAUUUAUUUUAAAAAACCGGGAAUUAUCAGAAUCAAUAGACUGUUUUCUGUUCAGCUGUGAGCUUUUUUACGCGAAAUGAUUUUUUUUAUACGGGGAUUUAUAAUUUGCUUAUUUUGUAAAGAAUAUUUUUUUUAUAAUGAAGGGUUUUGCGAUGUGAUUAUACUUCAUAACAUUUUUUUUUCUUUCUUUUGUAGUUUUACUCAAACGCAUAUAUUUGGAAUUGUUACCAUAUUUUUUUUUUAUAAAUUCCAAAAUAACAUGUAUUUAUAUUUUUAUAUAAUUAUUUUUAAAUGCAAUUUUAACUUUUUCGAAA